CCAGUUCAUGGCCCCUCCGGACUCGGCCCCUGCGCCCGGGGCCCGGGCCCAGCCCCGCCGCGCUAUGCCUGAGUCGGGCGCGCCCCGGCCCGCGCCCCGCCGCCGCCCCCCGGCCCCCGCGUCGCCCCGGAGCCGGGGCCGCAGCCUGCGCCGCCCGCAGCGGCCCUGAGCCUGGCCCCGCUGCGCGGCCUUUGGAGCCUGCACGCUGCCCUGGGACGAAGGCGCAGGAAGCGCGCGGGGAACAAGACCGAAGGAAGGAGCGGGAAGAAGAGCGCAGCCGCCGCCGGGCCCUGCGCGCCCCAGGAGCGCCGCGCGGCCCUGCCCGCGGGCUCCGGGUGUCCGCGGGGCGGCGCCGCGGAACAUGACGGCGCCCUGGGCGGCCCUCGCCCUCCUCUGGGGAUCGCUGUGCGUGGGUUCCGGGCGUGGGGAGGCCGAGACACGGGAGUGCAUCUACUACAACGCCAACUGGGAGCUGGAGCGCACCAACCAGAGUGGCCUGGAGCGCUGUGAGGGCGAGCAGGACAAGCGGCUACACUGCUACGCCUCCUGGCGCAACAGCUCAGGCACCAUCGAGCUUGUGAAGAAGGGCUGCUGGCUAGACGACUUCAACUGCUACGACAGGCAGGAGUGUGUGGCCACUGAGGAGAACCCCCAGGUGUACUUCUGCUGCUGUGAAGGCAACUUCUGCAACGAGCGCUUCACCCACCUGCCUGAGGCAGGGGGCCCAGAAGUCACGUACGAGCCACCCCCGACAGCCCCCACCUUGCUCACUGUGCUGGCCUACUCGCUGCUGCCCAUCGGGGGCCUCUCCCUCAUAGUCCUGCUGGCCUUCUGGAUGUACCGGCAUCGCAAGCCCCCCUAUGGCCAUGUGGACAUCCAUGAGGACCCUGGACCUCCACCCCCGUCCCCUCUGGUGGGCCUGAAGCCGCUGCAGCUGCUUGAAAUCAAGGCUCGGGGGCGCUUCGGCUGUGUCUGGAAAGCGCAGCUCAUGAAUGAUUUUGUGGCUGUCAAGAUCUUCCCACUCCAGGACAAGCAGUCAUGGCAGAGUGAACGGGAGAUCUUCAGCACGCCCGGCAUGAAGCAUGAGAACCUGCUACAGUUCAUUGCCGCUGAGAAGCGAGGCUCCAACCUGGAGGUGGAGCUGUGGCUCAUCACGGCCUUCCACGACAAGGGCUCCCUCACAGAUUACCUCAAGGGGAACAUCAUCACGUGGAAUGAACUGUGUCAUGUGGCAGAGACAAUGUCAAGAGGCCUCUCGUACCUACACGAGGACGUGCCCUGGUGCCGUGGCGAGGGCCACAAGCCAUCUAUUGCCCACAGGGACUUUAAAAGCAAGAAUGUAUUGCUGAAGAGUGACCUUACAGCUGUGCUGGCUGACUUUGGCCUGGCUGUUCGGUUUGAGCCAGGGAAACCUCCGGGGGACACUCAUGGGCAGGUGGGCACGCGGAGGUACAUGGCCCCUGAGGUGCUCGAGGGAGCCAUCAACUUCCAGAGAGACGCCUUCCUGCGCAUUGACAUGUACGCCAUGGGGCUAGUGCUGUGGGAGCUCGUGUCCCGCUGCAAGGCUGCCGACGGACCUGUGGACGAGUACAUGCUGCCUUUUGAGGAGGAGAUUGGUCAGCACCCGUCCUUGGAGGAGCUACAGGAGGUGGUUGUGCACAAGAAGAUGCGACCUGCCAUCAAGGAUCACUGGUUAAAGCACCCGGGCCUGGCCCAGCUCUGUGUGACCAUCGAGGAGUGCUGGGACCACGAUGCAGAGGCUCGCCUGUCGGCGGGCUGCGUGGAGGAGCGGGUGUCCCUGAUCCGGAGGUCGGUCAACGGCACUACCUCGGACUGCCUUGUCUCCCUGGUGACCUCUGUCACCAAUGUGGAUCUGCCCCCUAAGGAGUCGAGCAUCUAAGCCCAGGACACGUGGACCUCCAGACUCAGUGGCUCUGAAGAGGAAAGGAGAAAGAAAAGUUGUGUUUUGUUUUGGAAAUCCCAUAACACCAACAAACACAUAAAAUGCAGCUGCUAUUUUACCUUG